AUGGGAAGUAGAACAGGACUCCCUCUCAAAAUCCUAUCAGUUUCUCUUAAGAGAUUUAGAUAUAUCUCCGGUGCAAUGUUCUGCGGCAGAAAGGAAGUCUCUCAUGUGGAGAUCGCCGGUGUGUGCAUACACAAAGAAAGAAACUUCGCCAGAAUACUGGACUUCUGUGGAGAAGUGCUAGUAGAAAUGGAAGAUCAGGAAAUACACCUGAGCUCAUCCUAUCUGCUCACAUGUAAGAUACACAUAAGGAACGGUGUCAUCGGUUUGCGAUGUAAGUCUGCACGGAAGAUCGGAAUUUUUGAAGAGAUGUUUUUUUGGGCUGAGGCAGUCAAUUUAAGGAAGACAUUGCAGUGUAAUCGAAACAGACACUGA